AUGGAAUUUCGUUCAAGCUGCCCGAUUGCCCAAAGCCUUGAUGUCAUAGGCGACCGAUGGACACUGUUGAUCAUGCGCGAUGCGCUAUUGUUUCAACGCCGUACUUUUGCAGAAUUUGCCGGCAGCCCGGAGCAUAUACCUACCAACCUGCUCGCGGACCGACUUAAAAAACUGGUCAAGCUGGGCCUGCUGGAAAAAAUACCCUAUCAGGACAAGCCGCUGCGCUAUGAAUACAUUCCCACAGACGCGGGACAGAAGAUAAAACCCUUGCUACGCGCCCUGCGCGAUUACGGACAGCAACUGGGUUGA